AUUCACGCUGAGAUCCUUUCAGUUUCUACUUUCUAGGGUUAGGGUUUUAAUUUAUUAAUUUCUGUGCAAUAGCAUCGAAACUUCGCAUAUUUGGAGAUUCUUAGUUUAUAUAGGAAGCCGACUUGGUUUGUUAACGAUCAGAAGAUACACAAUUUUUUCUUUCCUGGGUUGCCGACUGGUGAAAUUUUCUGUCUGAUCACAUCUCAUCUGGGCUUUUGCGCCCUUUGGCCUUUAAAAUCGAUGAUCGGCAGCGUCCCAUGGACCACUCUCUAUCGCACAACACUCCCCCAAUCACUGACGAGGAAGAUGAAUGGGACACUGAUGGAUUUGUGAUUCCAAGCUUGGGAAUAGAAGGUCCAGAUAAUGGAAAACCUGAUGCUUCCGCAGUAGAACCAUCAAAACCUCCUUCUCCCAAGGCUAAAAAAGAAGAGAACAUUUACCUAGGACCUCACGGGGCUCCACCUUCGCAAUCAAAGCAGCAAGAGCUGAACUAUUCUGGUCGGAAACAGCGGUUCAAGCAGAAACUGAAGGAAGCAGAUAGAAGAAUAGGUGGAAAUAAGUUGGAGAAUUCGCGAGAGAUAGUAGGUGAUGGGAACUGGGAAGGGAAGUCCCAAUAUGGCAAAGGGUUCUCGCAGGGAUUGGUUAGACCUACACUGCCAUGAAUAACAGUUUGAGAAGACCUCUCAGUGAGUAGACUAGUAGUUGGUACCUAAUUUUAUCUUUUCAGCCAAAGCACGAACUAUUUCAAGUUUCAACAUCGUUAGAGAUGCACAUUUUAUUGAAAUGCAUGUAUUAUGACAAUAAUCCUCCAUCAGUUGGACCAUUUGAUGAUGCUGCUAAAACAGAAUGUAUUAUGAUAAUGGACCUUAGAUCUUUAAGCCUAUUCACAGGGCAUUUGAACUUUUA